AUGCGAAUACCCCUCUCUCGUGCUGCUGUGCAAACACUAUAUGGCAGAUCGAUGACAAGGAGACAAUUUUCCUCCUCAAGAGCAUUGAAUACCGACUUCACACAUGCUGUCAUCGGAGGAGGAGUGGUGGGCCUCGCCAUCGCUCGUCAGCUAGCCUCGAGAACAGGAACAUCGACAAUUCUCAUUGAACGCCACGGCGCUAUGGGAACGGAAACGAGCAGCCGGAAUUCAGAGGUAAUCCACGCGGGUCUAUAUUACGGCCCAAACAGCUUAAAAACCGCGCUGUGCGUCCGCGGCAAACAUCUCCUCUAUGAACUCUGCACUGCCCAGAACAUCCCACAUCGCAAGACCAAGAAAUGGAUCGUUGCGCAAGACGCCCAACAAAUGGACGAGCUAGAACGGCUUCAUGAAUUCUCCAAAACCAUUGACGUCCCUACCCACUUUCUCUCGAGACGGGAAAUCGAAGCAGGUGAGCCUGACGUCCGCGCCGAAGCCGGCGUCCUAGAAUCUCCCACCACAGGAAUCGUCGAUUCCCACGCCCUCAUGACAUAUCUGGACGGCAGCCUUGACGAGCGCGGUGGCGACUCGGUCCUCUACACAACUGUCACCAAAAUCGAGCCCCUCUCGAAUGGCAAGCAAGGAUAUUCCAUCACCACGCGCUCCCGCGACGGCGCUGGUGGUGAAGACGUGAUCACCACAGAAACACUGAUCAACUCCGCCGGCCUCAGCGCCGUCGACAUGAGCAACAUGCUCCUCCCGCCUGAGCGGCACAGGAGCCCCUUCUACGCCAAGGGCAGCUACUUCAGCUACGCCUCUGGCCAUCCAAAGCCCAAGACACUCCUGUACCCGGCACCUGUCCCUGGCCUAGGCGGCCUCGGCACCCAUCUCACCCUCGAUAUGGCAGGGCGUAUCCGCUUCGGCCCGGACGUCGAAUGGGUUGACGACCCUACGGACCUGUCCCUCAAUCCAGCCCGCCUCGAACAAGCCAUCAAUAUGAUUCAGACGUAUCUACCGGGUAUAAACCCCGACGCCAUCAACUUGGAUUACUGCGGCAUACGACCGAAAUUAGGCCGGUCGAGCGGGACAUACGGCAAAGACGGGAAAGGGUUUGCGGAUUUCUAUAUCUGUGAAGAAGAAGGAUUUAAGGGAUUCGUUAAUUUGCUGGGCAUUGAAAGUCCCGGGUUGACGAGUGCGUUGGCGAUUGCCGAGAUGGUCGAGGACGUCCUUUAUGGAGAGAAGGUCAAAGUCUAG